CACUAAUCAAAAUUCCAAGCUAAUCAUAAUAAUGUUCAAGCCAAUUCCAACCCAAAAUCUAAGCCCCCAAUACCUAGUAAAAUGUAUAUCGAGAUUCGCAACUUUACCUAUCCAUCACGUCCCAAUAGUCAUAGAGCAAUCCGGCAAAGGUGAGCGAGCGCUCGACAUUUACUCCCGCCUCCUGAAGGAACGAAUUAUUUGCCUCAUGGGCCCAAUAAACGACAUGACUAGUUCAGUAACAAUAGCUCAGCUUCUUUACUUGCAAUCCGAGUCGACCACCAAACCCAUUCAUAUGUAUAUAAAUUCACCUGGUGGGGUUAUAACUUCGGGGUUGGGAAUUUACGAUACUAUGCAGUACGUUAUGCCGCCUAUAUCGACUUGGUGCGUAGGACAAUGUUGUAGUAUGGCGUCUUUAUUACUUGCUGCUGGAACAAAAGGUAUGAGAAAUUCCUUACCGAAUGCAAGAAUAAUGAUACAUCAGCCAUCUGGAGGAGUCGUUGGUCAAGCGACAGAUAUAAAAAUUCAAGCGCAAGAAAUCCUAAAAAUCAAACAACAAAUUAAUAAACUGUACGAAAAACACACAACUAUGACCCUGGAAACAGUCGAGACUAGUUUGGAGCGUGAUAAUUUCAUGACACCCACAGAAGCUAAAAAUGUCGGCUUGAUCGAUAACGUUUUGAAUAAUUCGCCGAAAUGUAAAGAUAAAGAGGUAAUUGAUUUGACGACACCACGAUUCGAGAGUGAGGUAAUGAAGACAGUAUUUGCUAGAAAAUAAUAUGCAGCACUUAAGAAACUUUCAGUGAAAAAUCUAAUACCGUUAAAUGGACAUUUCUUGUAUUUUGAAAUGCAAUAAUAAU